GCAAAGCUGUAACCGUUACUCGUCCAUCGCGCUCUCUCUAAACUCCCAACCAACGCACAAAAACUGUCCACCACCACCACCACCUGAAAUCCACAUCUCCUCCGCCGCCGCCGCCACCUCCCGGAAUCCACCCUUUCUCCGGCCAUGAAGCAGCUACACAAGCAAUCUUCCAUGCCCAUCUCCCACGCCUCCCCCCAUCAGCCCUACUCCCCCAAAUCCCUAAAACAUCCCCGCCCCCUCCAGAAACCCCUCGCCUACCUCCUCCGCGAGCAGCGCCUCCUCUUCAUCCUCGUCGGAAUCCUAAUCGGCGCCGGAUUCUUCAUCUCAACCUCCUCCUCCUCCUCCGCCUCCGACCCCCGCCCCCAAAUCGUCUCGUCGAACCGCGAGUCCUUGGCCCACCGCCGCGAUCCCGAUCGGGGUGGGUUCGUGAAAUCCGGCGGAGUUGGUAGGGUUCCGAUGGGGAUCGGGAGCAGGAGGAGGAGGGUCGUCGUCACCGGCGGCGCGGGUUUCGUCGGGAGCCAUUUGGUGGACAAGCUGAUCGCCCGAGGGGACGACGUGAUCGUGGUGGACAAUUUCUUCACGGGGAGGAAGGAGAACGUGAUGCAUUUGUUCGGGAACCCUAGGUUCGAAUUGAUCAGGCACGAUGUGGUGGAGCCGAUUCUGUUGGAAGUCGAUCAGAUCUACCAUUUGGCCUGCCCUGCGUCCCCGGUGCAUUAUAAGUUCAAUCCAGUCAAGACUAUCAUGACUAAUGUGAUGGGCACGCUUAACAUGUUGGGCCUCGCAAAGAGAAUUGGUGCGAGAUUCCUAAUCACGAGUACAAGUGAGGUGUAUGGUGAUCCUCUUGAGCAUCCACAAAAGGAGACUUAUUGGGGACAUGUAAAUCCCAUUGGGGAACGGAGUUGCUAUGAUGAAGGCAAGAGAACAGCUGAGACUUUAGCUAUGGACUAUCACCGUGGAGCAGGUGUCGAGGUGCGCAUUGCUCGUAUUUUCAAUACGUAUGGGCCCCGCAUGUGUCUCGAUGAUGGGCGUGUUGUCAGCAACUUUGUCUCCCAGGCUAUUCGGAAACAACCGAUGACUGUCUAUGGUGAUGGGAAGCAAACACGAAGCUUCCAAUACGUGUCCGAUUUGGUUGAUGGAUUAGUGGCGCUUAUGGAAGGCGAGCACGUGGGCCCAUUCAACUUGGGCAAUCCGGGAGAAUUCACGAUGCUGGAACUUGCCGCGGUUGUAAAGGAAACCAUUGAUCCAAGUGCAACAAUUGAGUUUCGACCAAACACCGCGGAUGAUCCUCAUAAGAGGAAGCCAGAUAUCAGCAAAGCAAAAGAGUUCCUCAACUGGGAACCGAAGAUUUCUCUGCGCGAAGGUUUGCCUCGAAUGGUGGAUGAUUUUCGAAACCGCAUCUUGAAUGAAGAUGAAGGAAAGGGGAACUAAUAAGCUAU